AUGAGUUCGUUGAUCAAGCAACAAUUACUUUUACAACAACAGCAACAGCUUCAACAACAACAAUUACUUGCAGCACGUUCUAACAGGGCUUCCUUAUCCCUAUUAAAAAAAACAAUUCCGAGGAGUCCGUUUUAUUCUGUCACCUCCACCAAACGUUAUGAUUUGUUACAAGUUGGUGAUGUCAAAGAUGAAACCUAUGUCAUUCUAGAGGAGCCUAUUGAUGGAGAUUUUACGAAUGAUGUGAACUCUGAGCUGUAUGAAAUUGCAUUUCUUGUUAAUCAAAUGGUUUUUUAUGUUUCCUAUCAAUUUGCACAGGAGAUAACGAGAGAUGAAAUGGAAGAAUUGGAAAAGUUUGAGCAAGAAUGUUGGAUGGAAGAAUGUGAAAAAUUAGAAGCCAUACAUAUCAAUGCAUCAUCAAAUUCCACACAAAAACUAUCCAAUACGUCCAAAAAAAAAGGCAUGAGCAAAAGCAAAUCUUCCAAGAAAGCAAUAGUAACUGGUACUGCUGACGAUCUUCCUCCACUGUUCUACGAUCCGAUUAUGAAUGUGACCUCUGAUGUACUUCUUAAAAAACCCAGAGAAAAUGUCGUUCAAUUUUCUUAUAGCAUUCCUCUUCUAGGAAGUACCAGCAAUACUAGUGGUGGAAUGUUAAAUAAGAGGCUAUCAGAAAUUGCAAACAUGCUGGCGGAAACUAUUAAAAGAGAAAAGCGAGAAAAAAAAAAUUAA